AUGUCCUCGCAGCCAACCAAUGCCGGCAUCAUCACGGACGCGGCCGGCGUCCGCCAUAUCCCUGAAUCGACGCGCGCCGACGGCAGCACACGGCGGGCCAUUAAGAUCCGGCCGGGGUACCAGCCGCCCGAGGACGUGGCGCUGUACAAGAACCGCACGGUGGAGCAGUUCCGCAACCGGUUGAAGAACGGCGUGCCGGGCGCGGACGUGGACGAGGCGCCAAAGCCAGCGAAGACGGAGGUGGCAGCAGCUGCGAAACAGACGUCUGUUCCCGGGGCUGUUCCCGGGGCUGUUCCCGGUGCUGCUGCUGUUGGCGAAGCGUCAGAGAGUGCCUCGGCUGCUAAUAAGAACGCCAAGCGCCGCGAGGCCCGAAAGAAAGCAGCUGCAGCCGCAGCGGCCGCGGAGACGGCGGCGGCGGCGACGACGACGACGACCACCACGACCAGCACUCCUGCGACCACCACAAAGAGCACCGGCGACGCUGCGCCUGCGGCCGACCCGGACGCAGACCGCGAGAAAAAGGCGCGCGGCCUCAAGAAGAAGCUCAAGCAGGCCAAGGAGCUCCAGAGCAAACGCGACGUCGGCGAGACGCUGCUGCCGGAACAGAUUGCCAAGGUGAUCCGGAUCAACGAGCUGGUGCGCGAGCUGGACGCGCUGGGAUUUGAUGCCGAGGGCGAGAGCACGACAUGA